CACUCAUCCGCACCCCCCCCCCACCACCGUACACGUCCCUCGCUCGCUCGCUCGCUCUGCUCCCCCACUCUGCACACGCCGCUGCCAGCUGCUGCUGGCUCUGUGCUGCCCUCCUGCUGGAGCAAGCUUCGCGUGCCAACCCGCUGAGACAGAGUCACUGCUCUCGCCGCCCAAAGGCUCCGGAGUACGGACGUCAUUCUCCAUGGACGCCAUGGAGAAUGAGGUGGACAUGCGCAGUGAGCUGGAGAAAAUGCAGGAGCGUGCGGACCAGGUCACAGACGAGUCACUGGAAAGUACUCGUCGAAUGUUACAGCUGGUGGAUGAGAGCAAAGAAGCUGGCAUAAGGACACUGGUAAUGCUGGAUGAGCAAGGAGAACAGCUUGACAAGAUUGAGGAAGGCAUGGACCAGAUCAACAAGGAUAUGAAGGAGGCCGAGAAAAACUUAACAGAUUUAGGGAAAUGCUGUGGCCUGUGCGCGUGUCCGUGUGAAAAACUGAAGAACUUUGAGGCAGGUGAUGCCUACAAGAAGGCAUGGGGGAACAACCAGGAUGGAGUUGUGUCCAACCAGCCAGCACACGUCAUGGACGAUCGGGAGCAGAUGGCCUGCAGUGGUGGCUUCAUACGCAGGGUGACAAACGACGCGCGGGAGAACGACAUGGAGGAGAACCUUGAGCAAGUGAGCGGCAUGAUCGGCAAUCUGCGCCACAUGGCCAUGGACAUGGGCAACGAGAUCGACAUGCAGAACCGGCAGCUCGACCGCAUCAUGGAGAAGGCGGACUCGAACAAGGCACGCAUCGACGAUGCCAACCAGCGUGCCACCAAGAUCCUGGGAAGUGGUUAAGAUCCACGCCUGCAACAUAAUGAUCAUGUGACCAGAUGGGACUGCUUCAGCCAGAUGAAGAUGCACAAUAACAUAUCUCCGCACCUGUCCAGUGAAAAUGCUCUCAACAUACGUGAGGCAGUCAAAAUACUUUAUUAACGAGAAGCGAAAAAAUAAGUUUUUUAAUCAAUUGCUAGGAUUACCUUGUUUUGAGAUCCUAUCUUUAUGCAAUAAUUAUAUACAGGGUGAUCCGUGUAUAGAUGCCUUAUUGCUUUGUCAUGGUCCGCUUACUUUAAUCUCAACAGGUGAUUGAAUAUUGUGAAAGUGAUGGCUUCAUAUCUCACAGAGGAGAGUGUUAACAUAUUACAAAAAUUAUAUUAACAGGUGGGUGGGACACAUGUGUGGGUAUCUAUAAAAGGAUAACCUUAUAUAACAUAAGUGGAUGGUUAUGAAAGAUCACCGAAUCGGAGGAGGGAUGAAUGUGAAUUUGGAGGUGAGUUUAAUCCUGAAUCUACUCUCUCGUUUCGAAAACUUUUUGGCUGCUUCCUCAUAUAAUACACAGAUACAAAAAUUACGUGUUGAAAACACCAACUAAAACAUUUCAAUUGAUUUGCUUCCACUUUACACAUCAUGAAGAAUUAAGAUAUUUCACAACUGGAAGUAUGAAUUGAGUAAAACCCAGUAAACAUGCAAAGUUGGGCCAACGUUUGGCAUGUGGUUGGAACCGUUACACCAACGUUCAAUGUUUAUUGGGUGUUCAUAGUAUUUGAAAGAAUUAUAUGAAAACGUUAUCGUAAUGUAUAGCUAUUUGUCAAUCAACUGCUUGAUGAAGGCCUCCCCAUGCCAUAUUGGUCAUGGUGGUUGAUUGACAACAGUAGCCCAUGUUGGUAAGUGCGGGAUUAGUGAAGGAGGUGUCCAGGGCUGGUUUAGAUGUCAUUAGCCACUGAUGUUAGCCGUUAACGGGAAUCGAACACAAAAUACUGGGUUCAUAGUGCAGUGCGCUUAACACUGCACCAUCACUCAAUCCCAUGAAUGUGUGUGGUGUAACUUUUCCACCUGACGUACUUCCUUGCCACUGUCCUUGAUAGUUUUCCAGCUUCGUUUAAAACAGGUGUAUAGGUUAUGACAUAGCACUGCAAGAAUGUAUAAAGCCAAGCUGUUAUUCUUGCCAUGUAUUUUUUUUUCUAAUACUGUAGAUUUGAAUUAAGUUUAAAAGGUAAAUUAGAUUUUUCCUAAAUAUAUUUUACCUCCGCCAGUACUUUGGCAUAAUCAAAUUGAUUGUAAAAUGUUGUCUCCAAUAACUAUAUACGGUGUUUAUUAUUAACCCCCCCACCCCCCUUCCCAUUAACGGUCUUGGACAUUAACAGUCUUGGACAAUGUGAAUAAACAAAGUUUUUUUUAAUGUCAAUUAGAAACCUGGUGAAUAAAGUUUGACGCAACGUUGGA